AUGGCGGCGGGCUCGGGAGCUGCGAGCGGCCACGGAGCCCGCGGCUCCACCGCGGCGCUGGAAGCGUCUCUGGACCGCCGCUUUCAAGGAGUAUCCAACACCAUGGAGUCGAUACAAGGACUUUCGAGCUGGUGCAUCGAAAACAAGAAGCACCACGGCCUCGUCGUGCGCUACUGGAUGAAGUGGCUCAAGAAAUCGGACACCAAUCACCGAUUGAAUCUGUUCUACCUUGCCAAUGAUGUCAUUCAAAACUGCAAGAGGAAAAAUGCAAUUGCUUUUCGUACAGCCUUUGCCGAAGUCCUCCCCAAUGCUGCCCAACUGGUCAAAGAUGGGAAGGUGCGAAAGUCAGUGGAGAGGAUCUUUUCUAUCUGGGAAGAGAGGAGUGUGUACCCCGAGGAGCUCAUUGCCCAGUUCAAAGCCGGUCUGAACAAAAAGGACAAGGAGAGAGAGCGAGAAAAGGAGAGACAGAAGGAAAAAGAGAAGAAAGAAAAGGAGACCCUACUUCCACCAGCCCAAGCCAACCCCAAAGCUGCCCUCAAGUCGAAGAUAGUGGCCGAGUUCACACCCCAGUCGUUUAUAGAGCAGUUGUCGGGGCAUAAGCGAGCAGUUGAGGAGGAGGAAUUUAAGGAGAAGCAGCUGGCAGCUCUCAGGGUGGACGUCUGCAGCACAGAGGCCCUCAAGAGACUCAAAGACAAGGCCGGAGGGAACAAGUUUGUCAAGGACUUUGAGGAUGGCAGUCUGAAGCUGCAGGAGUUUGUCAGCUUUCUUGAGAAAGAGUUGAAAUCCGGGCCCCCUCUGCUGGAGGCUCUGGGUAACGCUGACAUUUUCUAUGAGAUGCAGUACAAGGAGGUCAAAAUCGUGGCCAAUGCAUACAAUACCUUUGCCAACCGCGUAGCUAGUCUUAAAAAGAAGCUAGAUACCCUCAAGUCGUCUCUCCCUGGACCUGAGGACUCUCCCAUCCCCUCACCUUCCGAAGACGCCCCCUCCCCCACUGGCUCAGACUCACCCUUCCUGGGACUGGCGGCCAACAGGGCCCAGCUAGACCCUGAACUAGAUGGCAAGGCACUGGAUGAGGGAGAAAUUGCAAAGGACAACAGAGAUCCAGAGGACAUGGAUAUGUCCGAUGAGGAGGCUGACAAUGCCUGCGCUCAGGUUGAUGACAAGAAAGACAAGAUACCCUCUGCCGCUUCUAAGACCACAAAGUUGGCUGCACCGUCAAAGCUGACCCUUCCUGCCACACCUGCCAGAGCCUCCAAGGCCACCACCCCAGUCCCUACCACUCCCGUGACUCCUACCUCUGCCACUAGUCAGAGUGCGCCAGCCAACCCCCUGGGAGUCAACUUGGCUAACGUGGACCUGGGAAAAAUCAGUUCCAUCCUCAGCUCCAUCACAUCUGCUAUGAAGAACACAGCAGCAAGCCCUUCUUCUCGGCCCUCCCCUGGAACGCCCACCACCCCUUCUGGUCAAUCAGCGGCGUCCAAAGCUACGUCUACAAGCCCUGCCCUGGCCAGCAUCUUGUCACGAGUCGACAUCACACCUGAGGGCAUACUCAAUGCUCUAUCCAAGACAAAUACACCUGGUUUGUCCUCUUUGCUGCAGAGUGUGACAAACUCCUCCACAGCCCUUCCCGCCCGCACCUCCCCAGAGUCUGCAGCAAAUAAGCCACCCCCUGUCACUCCAGCUGCCCUCAAAACCAAGCCCACCCCGGGAAACAGCAUCAAACGAGACAUUCUAGAUUCCAAGAUUAACAGUUUUUUGCAGGGUAAUCCAGGGUUCAGUCUCAGUUUAGGUGAUGGUAGUCCUUUAGGGGGUGAUGGGGUGGACGGUACGCCAGUGAGAGAUGAGGCUGCUGGCACUCCGACACAAGAUGAGAUCAUGGACACACCUGGGCCCAUAGCAGAGUCUCUAGGGUCAUCUGGAAGUCAUAACCUCUCACCCACAGCCUAUCGCAGUGACCCCUGGGAUGCUGUAAUAACGCCGACUGGGAGUGGCAGUGACGGGGACUUUUUGGCCUCUUCCUCACGGUAUGGGACAGUUAAGAAGAGUGCAGCAAAACUGAAGGAAGACGAAGCGAUGACUGUGAGAAAGCAGGCUGCCUCUUCCUCCCUCACUGAGACAAUGAAGGGUAGGAAGGAGGGCCAGACUAAUCAGUUGAAAAUAACAGGACACAGCAGGGCCACGGGAGAAAGAAGGUCUACUGCUGGCUCUCGUAAGACCAGCAGCAGCUCUGAAGAAGGUCUAAAAGGAAAGAAGGAGGGCAGGGUCAAAGGUCAAGAGUGCAGCUCUCCAAGUGGGGAGGCGGGCCAGUACCACCGCAUUGAGACGCUGGUGUCACCCUGCUCUGAAGGAGCACCAAUCCAAACCCUGGGCUACUCUAACCGGCCACUUGCCGGAGAGCGCAUUCAGACAGUGGAGAGCAUCCGCGUGAUUGGCCGAGGCUCGCGGCGUGGGGGAGGGUCUGGCAGCCGGCCGGGGGCUGCCAUGUGGUAUGAGGAGGAGGAGUAUAUGGAAGCCCAGCCCCCCUCCCCCCAUGCUGUCCCCCCACCUCUCAACAUUGGCCAAGGAGGCCCUGAAGAUAUGACUCCCACCUUGCCACCGCCCCCUCCUCCUCCUCCUCCCCCUCACCUCCUCCCCCCACAUCUUCACCCACCCCUUCCUCCCCCUCUCCCUUCCCAUCCUCACUCGCACCCUCCUCCCCAAGCGCAGUUCCAGAUGCCCUACCAUGGGGAGAACCUCCAGAACCCACCUCCUCCCUCACAUCUUGGCCAGCAUCCCCCUCCUCCCCCUUCCCCUUUCUUCGGCGCUCCUCCGCUCAUCCCUCGGCCCCCUCCCAUACCCCAGCGCCCUCCCCCGCCACACAGCUUCCCCAAUGUGCCCUCUGCCGUCAUGGUUGGGGGAGUGCUGGUGCCAGUAGAACGUCACAUACCCCAUCUCCCCCAAGUCAGACCUGAAGGGGCAGAGCGAGCAGGGGGGACAGUAGGACCUAGAGGGGGUAAGGCAGCUCCCCCUCCUCUCAUGUCAUCACUACUUGGGGAACCUCCCAAACUACCCCGUUCCAAUACAAUUAAAGAAUCCUUUGUCCCCCGACACGCACCCCCCCUCCACCGCCCAGGUGCCCCUGGUGCUCCUCCACCCUUAUUAGGCAGGGUGAAGGAAUCUGUAAACCUUCCUCCUCUAUCCCCCUCUCCUACUCCUCCUACCUCCACCUCCUCCACAGCCUCCACCUCUACUCCUCCCUCUCCUACGGUAGACACCGCUCCCUCUCGCACCUCCGCCCCUACCCAGUCCCCUGCCCCUUCUCAUCAGAAGCCCCCAGCCAGUCCCCCAGCUCAGCCCCGCGACCAAACCCCAAAUCCGCGUGGCCCCUCCUCUACCCCCAUCCCCUUGCUACACUUGCCCGGCCCGCGGCCUCCCAUCCUCUUGGUCCCUGUUCCACAGAGACCCAUGCUGCGAGGCCGGGCCCAUAAUCCACACCUCGGCCAAAACGUAGGGGGUUUCCGGGGGGGUAAGCGUUCGGGUCCCCCAUUCACCAGUGGCCCCUUCCAUGCACCGAAGAGACCCUUCCUACCCCCCCGCUACUGA